ACACUCGCAUGUUCCGGUGUAUCUGAUGUCAAAGACAAACUCGCUGCUGCCGGCUGUCAGCGGCUCUGAUGCGGGCAGCCAGCAUCCUCUCUCCGGCAUCCAGGAGGUUUUCAGUAAAGACGCUGUUAGAGAAGUACACAGCCGAACCCAUAGAUGAUUCAUCUGAGGAGUUCAUCAAUUUUGCAGCCAUUCUUGAGCACAUCCUCAGCCACCGUUUCAAAGGCUCUGGUAGCUGGUUUGAUGGUCAGAGGAGUUACUGGGACUACAUCCGUCUGGCCUGUGCUAAAGUCCCCAACAGCUGCAUCAGCAGCAUCGAGAGCAUGGAAAACAUCAGCACCUCACGAGCCAAGGGGCGAGCGUGGAUGAGAGUAGCCCUGAUGGAAAAGAGGCUGUCUGAAUACAUCGCCACUGCUUUGAGGGACAGCAGAACAACCAGGAGGUUCUAUGCAGAAGGAGCCAUCGUGUUAAGAGAGGAAGCCACGGUUCUAACGGGGAUGCUCAUAGGUCUUGGAGCCAUAGACUUUAGUUUCUGUCUGAAAGGGGAGGCUUUGGAUGGGAAGUCUUCUGCUGUGAUUGACUACACACCGUACUUAAAAUUUACACAAAGCUACGAUUACCUGAGUGAUGAUGACGAUCGACAGAGUGUCGACAGCAGCACAAGUGAUGACAGCAUCCCUGAACACCCCUACAUACCCCUGGUCACUGACGAGGAGAGCUGGAGCACAAAGUGUCGCAAGAUGGAGCAAAGGUUCAAGAUCGUCAAUGCUCAGAAGGGUUACCUGGAGGAGCUUGUGCGCCUGCGUGAGUCCCAGCUGAAGAACACCGAAACAGAGAACAAAAGGCUAAAGGCCCGACUGGAGGAGCUACAGAGCCACAGCCUACAGGAGAAGAAGGAACUGGAGGACAUAGUGCUGGAGCUUCAGGAGCAACUGACAAGCUUGAUUCCAUGUGACUCCAACCACCUGGCCAAAAACCUCUCAAUCCCUUUGGUUAACCAGUGGCCGACACUCCAACCAUACAACAACAAAGAGGAUGUCAAGCUAUUCCGCAGGAGGAGUUUCCCCAGCACAGAGCUGCUGUCAGUGGAGAUCAGCCUGGACUCAGACUCCCAGAGGAUGGAGGGGAAACAGAAUGGAGGAGCCUGGUGCACAGAAAAGGACUACACCCCCUCCAUGAUGGGACUGUGUGGGUCCUUGGCCUCGCUCCCGAGCUGCAAGUCUCUGGCUAGCCUCAAAUCCAGCGAGUGCCUGGUUAAUAUCAGCACAGAGAACAGUCCUGCCCUCUCUCCCAGCUAGGGGGCGCCAAAGAAACACUGCCAACCACUUAACAGACACUGAGACAAUUCAACAUGAAUACAAAAAGACUACAUUUGGUAGGCGGACAAAUGCUGUCUUUGUGGCCCCUACGUGAGUCCCUUUACCUUUACGCUCUGAGCCCAGCACUCUCUCGACUGACACCUUUUAAGCAUUUGUGAAAGAGUAGCCUCCGUGUGUGGGACUGUGCGACAAAGAUGCAGGAAUAGCUGCCGUACUGCCUGGCGGCCUCCUUCAGUUUCACUGUCUUUGUCUUGACAUGAUUAAGCCUCUUGACAUGCAAACAACUGGUUUGAGUUUGACAACUAUUAAGUCACAUGAUGCUUGAUUUUGUGCACUUACAGUCAUGUAUCAACUGGUCAUAUUCAUUAAAACUCACUGUAGGGUUGUUCUGUAUGUACUUGUCCAUUUGUCUGUGUCUUAUCAGUCUGUCAGUGUAUUCUAUUCUGCCUCUUGCAUAAUACUGACAGUGCAGGGUGGAUGAUCUGGUAUAACCUUUUAGGGAACAGAAACAAUGUUUUGCCAUAUUAUGUUACACUAUUAUAAGAGAGAAAAAGAGAGGCUUAUAAUGUGCUGAGUUAAAGUGGCCCGACUGUUUUAUGAUGAAGAUUAUUUAAAAAUUAACAGAUGCAGCUUCAUGAUAUUAGGAUGAAUGGCAGUUAAUGCCUUAUUCAAUCAUACAGUAGGUUAGAUACAGAUUUUAUGUUGUGACAUACAAGACCUGUCAGGCUACCAAGGUUUGCAGAGCCAUUACAAUGUGAACAUAAAAAACAGGCAUACUAUCUAUUGCAUGCAAAUGCAAAGUGCAUUGAGACUAUGCAGAAUGAAUGUUUUCAUUGUCUUUUUCUACAAACCUGGAUUGAGUAGUUUGAGCAGGAGAGAAAUAGUGAAUGUGCAACGUGCGUGUGUG